AGGUGGAGGAUUAGCCUAGUGAGCCGCGGUGCCGGCCUACGGAGCACCUGUUAAGAGCAAUUAAGAUGGAGGAGAUUUCAGUUUCUUGUUAGGAAGACAGCCCGACACCGAAAACAACUCCUUCAGACCCCUCUGGAAGUUAUUUUGGGGCUACUUGGGCAGGAGUCCGAGAAUGAUGUGCACCUCCUGAGGCAGUGCUAGCUGAAUGCUGUGCUUCAGCUGUUCUGCCCACCUAGUGCUGGUCUAGGCCCUGGUUCCCUCUCUCUCUCUCUCUCUCUCACUCACACGCAUACAGAGAGAGAAACGCUUGCAUUAGCUUCUCUCUCCCUGUGGAGCCAGCUCAACUUGUUCUUCCUUUUUAAGUAACAGACCCCACUCCCACAGGAAUCACACCAAAGGAAAAGAUGCCUUAAUUGAUGUUAGAACCAGAAAAAAAGCCAGGAGGUCCAUGCAGGCCUCCAGUAACCCAGCUUUGAAAGGAAGCAGCGUGCUUUCAUGAGAGCGUAUGCUCAGGGAGGCAGGAGACCUGUGUUCUUGUUCUUGUUCCAGCCUUCCAGGUGCCCUCAGACAAGCAGCUUAACUGCCCUGAGCCUCAGUUUCUCCACUGCUCACCCUUGCCUCUCCUGCAUGGAGAACAGGUGAGGGAAGUCACACCAGGCACUUUGAGCCUUGCAGUAGUUUUGCAGAAUCCCAGAGGGCACCUGUGGGGUUGAUGGUUUGGACAUGAAAGGCGCCCCUGAGUGCCAGACUGCCCCCUCAUCUUUGGAUCUCUGACCACCUCCAUUUCUGUAGCUCGUUCCAGAGGGUUUGAGCUCUGUAACCACUGUGGACUUGGGCUCUUUUAAUCACUGCCCCUAAGGGAACGUUCAAGGAAGCACUUAUUACUGUGGCUUGUUCUAGCGGUCUGGUCCCAAAGCUCCGUGCAUCCAGGGAGGAUGUCAAGAGAAGAGGAGUGGAAAAUAAAUGGAGAGCAGUGUUUCCCACACCCAGGCUUCCUAGGGAACCAGGCUGGAGAGUAGACUCUGAUGAAAUGUAAGGGAGACUUGAUUGCGAAGUGCAAGGAGGCCCGGGUUUCAGGCUGGAGCCCCAGCUCCAGAAGAAUGAAGGGGCAGAGAAACAGACACUCUCCCUCUGUCUGCCCUCCUGCACCCCCCACCCCUACUCCACAUGGUAGUGCGGGCAAAUCCAGUCUCCGCCCGUCUGUGCCGUGAGAUCCUUCUGAGAGAUGGCUCAGGCCCUCCUGGCCUCACUCUUGCCUGUGGGGCGUUUACUUUUCCUUAGAUGAGUGGAACAAGCAAUCUUGGAUAUAUGUAAAUUUCCACCACAUAGACUUUUUUUUUUCUUCCCCUUCUCCCACAGGCAGAUAAUUCAUUGCAACAAUUCACAGUCAGAUAAUUCAUCGCAACAAUUAUCACUUUUAAUUGUUCUCAGUUCCUGAUUGUUUAAUACUCGACUUCCAAUUACUCCUUGCCUUCCCUCAAAUAGGCUAACCUGCAUUUUAAAUUCAGAGUGCUCCCUUUAAAAAAAAAAAAAAAACAAUACUACUACUAAGCAUAGCUAGUAACUGCUAGGAGGGUCGGGAAAGCCACUGGAAGGUUUAAUCUGUUUAUCACACCUUCUGUAAGGGGUUUACCACUACAUGCUGUGGUGGGCCACUCUCUUCUGUCUCCUGCUUUCCUGAGACCCGCCAGGGCCAACCCCUUGAAAUGACUGAAUCCAGCUUCUUCCUGUCAUUGCUACCCCAUCCUUAAGUGAGGCCUGGAGCCUCAGUGGGGGCUGCUGCGCCUGUCUCUGGCAGCAUCCGCUGCAUCUCCAGGGGCAGGGCCUGUGUGUGCUGGAAAUCCGGAGUGCUCUGAGUUCCGAGAGCAUUUCCAGCCUGGAGCUGGGGAAGCCUGCAGAGGUGGUGGGUGGGCGGAAACCUUGCACGUCGUCUCUCUCACCAGGACAAAGCGUGAGGUUUUCCUUCUUUAGGAUAGUAUUGGACCACACUAAAGCGAUGCUUUAGGUUUCUUACUAACUCCAGAAUGUUAAAGAAGAACCUACCUUCCUGGAUGUGGCUCUAACGGCAGCUGUCUUCUCUCUCCACAGACUCUUUAAGAUGGACAUAGAAGACUGCAAUGGCCGCUCCUAUAUGUCUGCUGGAGAGGGAUCCCUCAGGAGGGUGUGUUCCGGAUUUCUUGCCUCAGGCCCAGGACUCCAACCAUUUUAUAAUGGAAUCUUUAUUUUGUGAAAGUAGCGGGGACUCAUCUCUGGAGAAGGAGUUCCUCGGGGCCCCGGUGGGGCCCUCGGUGAGCACCCCCAACAGCCAGCACUCUUCUCCCAGCCGCUCACUCAGUGCCAACUCCAUCAAGGUGGAGAUGUACAGCGAUGAGGAGUCGAGCAGACUGCUGGGGCCCGAUGAGCGGCUCCUGGACAAGGAUGACAGCGUGAUUGUGGAAGACUCGUUGUCGGAGCCCCUGGGCUACUGUGAUGGGAGUGGGCCCGAGCCCCACUCCCCUGGAGGCAUCCGGCUGCCCAACGGCAAGCUCAAGUGUGAUGUCUGCGGCAUGGUCUGUAUUGGACCCAACGUGCUCAUGGUGCACAAGCGCAGCCACACUGGAGAAAGGCCCUUCCACUGCAACCAGUGUGGGGCCUCCUUCACGCAGAAGGGCAACCUGCUGCGCCACAUCAAGCUGCACUCUGGGGAGAAGCCCUUCAAGUGCCCCUUCUGCAACUACGCCUGCCGUCGGCGUGACGCACUCACUGGCCACCUCCGCACACACUCGGUCUCCUCUCCCACGGUGGGCAAACCUUACAAGUGUAACUACUGUGGCCGGAGCUACAAACAGCAGAGCACCCUGGAGGAGCACAAGGAGCGCUGCCACAACUACCUGCAGAGUCUCAGCACUGAAGCCCAGGCCUUGGCUGGCCAACCAGGUGACGAGAUCCGUGAUCUGGAAAUGGUGCCAGACUCCAUGCUGCACGCAUCAUCUGAGCGGCCAACGUUCAUCGACCGUCUGGCCAACAGCCUCACCAAACGCAAGCGUUCCACCCCCCAGAAGUUUGUAGGUGAAAAGCAGAUGCGCUUCAGCCUCUCGGACCUCCCCUAUGAUGUGAACUCGGGCGGCUAUGAGAAGGAUGUGGAGUUGGUGGCGCACCACGGCCUGGAGCCUGGCUUUGGGGGUUCUCUGGCCUUCGUGGGUGCAGAGCAUCUGCGUCCCCUCCGCCUCCCACCCACCAACUGCAUCUCAGAACUCACACCAGUCAUCAGCUCCGUCUACACCCAGAUGCAGCCCCUUCCCGGUCGACUGGAGCUCCCAGGGUCCCGAGAAGCAGGUGAGGGACCCGAGGACCUGGCUGAUGGAGGUCCCCUCCUCUACCGGGCCCGGGGCCCCCUGACUGACCCUGGCGCCUCCCCCAGCAAUGGCUGCCAGGACUCCACAGACACAGAGAGCAACCAUGAAGAUCGGGUAGGGGGGGUGGUAUCCCUUCCUCAGGGUCCCCCACCCCAGCCACCUCCCACCAUCGUGGUGGGCCGGCACAGUCCUGCCUACGCCAAAGAGGACCCCAAGCCGCAGGAGGGGUUACUGCGGGGCACCCCAGGCCCCUCCAAGGAAGUGCUUCGGGUGGUGGGCGAGAGCGGUGAGCCCGUGAAGGCCUUCAAGUGUGAGCACUGCCGCAUCCUCUUCCUGGACCACGUGAUGUUCACCAUCCACAUGGGCUGCCACGGCUUCCGAGACCCCUUCGAGUGCAACAUCUGUGGCUACCACAGCCAGGACCGCAAGAAUGGGAUGCGCACAGCUGAACCCGGGGUCAUCCUUUGCUGCCGCUUCUACACGCAGUUCUCAGACUUGCGGGAGGUGCACUCUCCUCCGGGCUACUGCAGAGACCCCAGGUUAUUUGGGAAACCGUGGACUGGUGAAAAGGGGCAGGAGGAGAUACAACUCCACUGCAGAUGGAGGCCUUUUUCUACAAGAGCCCCCUGCCCAAGGCCACAGCCGUCCCAUUCUCUGCUUCCUUGAGAUUAAAACCAAAGGCUGUUUUUCUAUGUUUAAAGAAAAAAAAAAAAGAAAGUAAAAACCAAACACAACACCUCACAAUUUGUAACUCCUGGUCUUUCUCUUCUUCCCUUCCUUUCCCUCACUCUUUCUUUCCACGCCACCUAUCCUUAUUGGCUCUUUUGCCUCCAGCUUUUCUCACUCCCUAUCAGGGAUAUUUGUGGGAGAUGGUAAAGGGUGGGCUAAGGAACAGACCCUGGAAUUGGGGCUCUUAAGGGCUCGGAGAAGAGCCUACCUUACUCUUUUAUGAGAAGGGAAACAAGUUUCUCGUCUCCUUCGUUUUUGUCCCCCAUUCCGUGGUUUCCCAAGAGAACCAGAUUGGCAGGGAGAGGCACCGUGGGGUGAUCGUUCCCCCUUGCCAAUGUAGCAAUAAAUAGAUGCUGCCGAGGGCAGAGGCUGGGGGCUCAGCUGGGAGGAGAGCAGUCCCCAGAGGAGGGCAGAGUCCUCUCCGCGGUGCCCCGAGUGCUGGCUCCUUGUUUCAGGACAGCAGCAGAGCUGAGCUUAGCAUCUGGGCUUCUUCUGAACUCUUCUGGUUACUGAGCCCCUUCCUGUUAGACCUGCCCCCCACCUCUUCUGUGUCUGCCGUGGAUCUGGUGACACCUCAUAAGGACUAACCUCUUCGGGGGUACCAGGGCCUUAGGGUGCCCCAUCCCCUCCCAUAGUCAGCUCUGGCACCUGCAACCUCCCGGGACAUGAAGGACUAUGCUCUGAGGCUAUUCUCUGUGCCCAUGAGAGCAGAGGCUGGAAGGGCAAGACCAGGUGCUAAGGAGGGGAGAGAGGGGCCUCCUGUCUCUCUCCAGACCAUCACUGCACUUUAACCAGGGUCUUAGGUACAAAAUCCUACUCUUCAGAGCCUUCCAGCUCUGGAACCUCAAACAUCCUCAUGCUCUCUCCCAGCUCCUUUUGCAUUAAAAAAAUAUAUAUUAAAAAAUUUAAGAAAAAAAAACCCACACACACACUGAAACCCACAUGGAGAAAAGAGGUGUUUCCUUUUAUAUUGCUGUUCAAAGUCAACACCACAGAAACUGUUUCUAAAUAGACACUUUUCCAGACCUUUGUGUGUGUGUGUGUGUGUGUCGGUGUCAAAGCUGCAGAUGGGAUUUUGUAAUACUUCUGGCAGCUUCUUUCCUUAUGUACAUAAUAUAUAUAUAUUUUUAAUCAGAAGUUAUGAAGAACAAAAAGAGAAAAAAAUAAAACACAGAAGCAAGUGCAAUACCACCUCUCCUCUCUCCCAGGGUUUCCUACAUAGCCUAUGUUUGGUGUCUCCCUUGACCCUAACCCCUUCACCUCCUCCUUUCUUUCUGAGUCCCUCCCCUACCCUUUUUUUAAAGGGUUUUCCUCCUCUCUCAAGAGGAGUUAAACUAGCUUUUGAGACUUACUGCAAAGCGUUUUGUAUAUGUAAUAUAUUGUAAGUAAAUAUUUGUGUAACGGAGAUAUACUACUGUAAGUUUUGUACUGUACUGGCUGAAGGUCUGUUAUAAAUAAACAUGAGUAAUUUAACACC